UUUUAAAACUCAAUGAACCAAAAGAUAUUGAAGUCAUGAGAAAGCUUGAAGAAAUCAAUUUUUUCAAUCUUAUCAGAGUCCUUUAUAAUAAUUUGAUGGCAAUUCAAGAUAAACCUUUACCCUCAUUAUUAUCCGCUUUCGAUGCUAUUUUGAAAACAGUAGGCAUUGACUUUUGGAGAAAUUCUUCAGCCGUUCCAUUUCCUGGCUUCUUGGAUCCAAUUCUCCUGAAUCCCAACUUUUCUAAAUAUUUAUUAGAUCCUUCCAAUUAUGAACUCAGUGUCUUCUUAGAUUGGACUUUACUGUUUGUUGGGUCCCUCACAUCUUCACAAAGACAAACUGCAGCCGUGAGGAUUUCUACUUUCUUAAUGAGAAUAUCACAGAAAAGAGAGGCAGAUAAUGGUUCUAUAAAUGAAACCUCUCAACUUAAUCAAAAAUCUUGUCAUCUUUUACUUCAAUGUUUUGAUAUAGAUAUGAAUAAAGUUAAUUUUGCUGAACCUAAUUUUGCUGUGAAUAUAUUGAAAAGAAGAGACGUUAGAGCAGCUGUUGAUAGUCAAGCACCCCUUGUGGUUUCAAUGGCGAUACAACAGUUGAAGAACUUGACACUUGAAGAAAGUGAAAACACUGAACCAAGCAAUGCAUUACAUUUAAUAACCAGUAGCGUGGAAUACGAUAUUAUUAGUUUAGCUCAUAAUUCCAGUAUAUUAAAACAACUGGGCAAUGAAAUACCUUCUUCCUUUGAUGCUUUCCCCUUAUUAUGGGAGGAAUUGGCCAAACUGCAGCUUUAUAUUUAUCCCCAGCUUACCAAAGAAUUGGUUAAAUCAAUGAGGAAUACUUCCAAUAUCAUCAAAUUUUCUCAAAAGAAGAAUAAUACACAAGUCAAGGAAAAGUCUGAUGCAAUUGCCAGACAUAAUGGUAACGUUACACUCAUCCUUAAAUUAUUAGGAAAUGUGUUGGAUAAGGUGGAACAAGCAGAUUCUCAUGUUUUAAAAAGCAUAUUCAAUGAUAAAGAUAUUGCUAUUAGUUAUUGUUCUUGUUUAUUCUCUCCCUCUGUGAAUCAAGCUGCUCUUAAUAUCUCUUAUCAAGCUUUUGAUGCUGCUGGUAGACUUGAAGCAAUUGGUGGUCUUCUUAAGUUGAACUUGGAAUCGUCGCUAAAUGCAAUCAAUAAGAACUUGCGCAUUCUAACCAAUUUGGCAGUUUUUGAACCUUGUCCAAAAACCAUUAGAAUUCUUAUGGAUGUUGUCCGUGCAUUGACUAAUCCUUUGGAAGGUAUUGCCACGAUAAGAUCUUCUGAGCUCUGCAAACCUGAAAUUAGAGGACUUUGGGAAGAAAGCUGGCACUUUUUAAUGAUGGUUUAUGAAAAAACUUUACUUUGGGCUAGCCAUUAUCAUUUAGAGGAGCUUAUUGAAUUUACUCGUGAUACUUUGGAGUUGAGUCAUUCUUUGCUUGAUUCCUUUAUGAUAAUUCUGAAUGCAUUGAGUGAUGAAAACAAUAACAAUACAUCAUAUUCCUUGCUUGGUGUCUUCAUGAAAGCUUUCCAUUAUGUGAUUGUUUGGUUGAGGUUGGGUGAUACCUCGCUUUUGAAUUUAUGUUUGACUUUGGUUUUUAAAGGAUUAGAGUUGGCUAAAGAUUUAAACUUCACUGUUGAUAUAAAAUUCAUUGACUCAUUCGCCAGGUUUGGUGCAAGAUCAAAAAAAUUUAAGAAUAAGCUUAAUGAUCAACAAAGAGCUGACAUACUUGCGAAAGCAAGUGAAAUAGAUGGGCCACUCGUUGACCAAAUUCUCGCCGAAAAUCGUAAAACUAAAGCUUCGAAGUCUUCGGUUAUGGAUUCUGUUCAAGUAGAUCAACAAGCAGCCUAUAAAUAUCAAACACAUCAAAAACCUACUAAGCAGCAAACAUUAAGCAGGUUUGGUGUAGUGACAAAGGAACCUCCAGUGGCACCUCCUCCAGCUGAGAAGGGAUAUAAAUCUGCAAACUUAGAAGCUAUUAGAAAAGAGUUAAAGUCUAACAGAGCUCCAUCUGUCAAGCCUGGUCCGACUGUUGCUCCUGCUGCACCUAGACCUGCUGGCUUCAAUUCAAAAGCACCAGCUGUUGGAAGAUCCUUGAAUAUAACAAAACGAAAGAGGCGUGAUUCUGAAAGCUCGGAAGAAGGAGAUGAUGAUAAUAUUGACUUUUCUGAUUUAUUCGUUGAUAAGAAGAAGAAAGCAAAAGUCGUUGAAGUUGAUAUAAAUGGUAAAAUUAUAGACAGAUCUGCUCAAACAAAGAAAAUCGAUGAGGAGCGUAAGAGAGAAGAAAGAAUGAGACUUAGACUUAACGUAAGUUUAAAACCCCUUUAUUCAACUAUUUUAAAAUGGAACUAUAAUUCUACGAGUGAUUAUCCUGGAGACGACAGAGAUAUUUAUAAGAAAACAAAAGAGACUUACGAAGAUUGUAAGGACUAUAUCAAGACAACAGAACCUCUUUUAAUGCUUGAAUGCUGGCAAGGAAUUCAGUCAGCUAAAAGGACCCAACAGGAGCUUCCUUUUGAGCUUCUCAUCGGAGGAAGAACUAGUUGUGAUGGAUUUUUUGAUGUUUACGCAUCUAUUAAAAAGCAAGAUUUGAAUGAUAGGAAAAUAGGAGACUCCGACUUGUUAGUCUUGGGUCAUGCCGAGUCCACAGAUUUUUCUUCUGCCAAAGCAGCUGCUGAUUUCCUAAAAUCGCCUGGUGCACAAACAUGUCUAGCUAAAGUUCGAGAUAUAAAGUCUGCUAGUGCUGACCAUUGUGAUAUUGUAUUAAGAGUGUUUCCACAAGGGCCCAUGAUGGGAAUCUUGACCCCUAAGUCUAUUGUUUUGAGUAUGCGGGUUACUCAGAUGGUUACCACUGAAAGAGAAUAUUCCUCAUUGAAAGGCUUAGAGUUUUACGACUUGUCUGAAGAAAUAAUUAAAGGAAAACCAGCAGAUCAUCUUGAAAUUGGAGAUGAUGAGGCCAACAGAAUAGUUGAUAUACAUAAAGUGAAUAAAUCGCAAGCCAAAGCUAUUAUUGGAUCAUUUGUUAAUGAAGGAUUUUCUUUAAUUCAAGGUCCACCGGGUACUGGUAAGACGAAAACCAUUUUGGGAAUUGUGGGUUAUACUUUAUCUCAAACAAAGGCGAACCUAAUUAAUGUUCCCAAAAGUAUUGAGCUGUCAAAAAGUCCCUCUCCAGAGUCCAAUCAAGGACCCAAAGUAUUGAUUUGUGCUCCAAGUAAUGCAGCCGUUGAUGAAUUGGUUUUACGUUUGAAAGAUGGUGUUAAUGAUAGUAAAGGUGAGAGGUUUUCUCCAAAAGUAGUCCGUUUAGGAAGAAGUGAUGCCAUCAAUGCUGCGGUUAGAGACCUUACAUUAGAGGAAUUGAUUGAUAAACAUUUACAAGCCCAAUCAAAACAAGCCGUCAUAGAUCCUAGCAUCAGAACUGAACACACAAAGUGUAUCAGUCUAAGAGAUCAGCUCAGAGAUAAAUUAAACAGACCAAAUCUAUCUAGUAAUGAAAUAGUUGAACUUGAGACUCAAUUAAGAGAAGUCACCAAACAACGUAACGAAUUAGGAAAGAAAUUGGAUGAACAAAGAGAAAAUGCUUCCAUCGCUUUUCGUACUAGAGAAAUUGAAAAGAGGCAAUUACAAGCUAAGAUCUUAUCAGGUGCACAAAUUAUCUGUUCUACAUUGUCAGGUUCAGCUCAUGAUUUUUUGGCAAGUUUGUCUAUGAAUUUUGACCAAGUGAUCAUUGAUGAAGCUUGUCAGUGUGUUGAGCUUUCUGCUAUCAUACCCUUGAGAUAUGGUUCAAAAAGAUGUGUGAUGGUUGGUGAUCCAAACCAAUUGCCACCCACUGUUUUAUCCCAAGCCGCUGCAGGACUCAAUUAUGAACAAAGUUUAUUCGUUAGGAUGCAAAAGAAUCAUCCCGAUUCCGUAUAUCUUUUAGAUGUGCAGUAUCGUAUGCAUCCAGAUAUUUCUAAAUUUCCAAGUCAAGCAUUUUAUGAGUCACGUUUACAAGAUGGUAAGAAUAUGCUUGAGAAGAACGACAGACCGUGGCACAAACAAUUUCCACUUAGUCCUUACAGAUUCUUUGAUAUUGUUGGUGCACAUCAACAGCACGAACUAACUAGAUCUUUAUUUAAUUAUCUGGAAGCCAGAGUUGCUUUGGAAAUAGUUGAGAAACUUAUGAGAGUUCUACCAGAGGACCAAUUCAAGGGUAGAAUAGGGAUAAUAUCUCCGUAUAAAGAACAAAUUAGAGUUUUGAAAGAUGUCUUUAGAAAGAAAUAUGGGAUUGGUAUUUUAAAUGAGAUUGACUUCAAUACUGUUGAUGGUUUUCAAGGUCAAGAAAAAGAGAUAAUCAUAAUGUCUUGUGUCAGAGCCAGUGAGUCUGGUAAUGUUGGGUUCUUAAGUGAUGUUCGUCGUAUGAAUGUUGCCCUAACUCGUGCUAGAACUUCUCUAUGGAUUCUUGGUAAUAAAAGCUCUUUAAGCAGAAAUAAAGUAUGGGCCAAACUUUUGGCUGACGCUGAUUCACGUAAUGCAAUCACCAGUGCAUCUCCUGGAUUUUUAGCAAGAAUCUCAUCCUCUAAUGUCUCCAAAAACAUAUCAACACAAGCUGCGGUGCCAAAUUCGGUGAGUGAUAAUACUAUAUCAGACUCGUCUGUGUCGGUAUUGAGAAAAGAAAGUAACGUAUCGAGUGGUAACCAACAAAAUCAAAAAGAUGAUAAAAUUCCAAAUAAUCACAAUAACAAUCAACAUACUAAUCAUAACUAUAAAAGACAAGGCAAUUAUACUGGUCAUGGCCAGUCUGGUAAUAAUAAGCAAGCCGGCCAUGGUAUGCCAACUCAACCUAAAGACAAAAACGUUCAUAAGUCUAAUACUGUGGGUGGAUCAUCUCUCAAGCGAAGCUCUUUAUUUGAGAGUCCCACAGUUAAAAAGAAGAGUGUUUCAAAACCGGCCAUUGCUAUAAGCUCAGCCAAAUCUCCUCCCCUCCCUCCUCCUAAGUCACCACCUCUCCCUCCACCAAGAUCAUCACCUCUCCCUCCACCAAGAUCACCACCUCCCGAACAGCUUUUUUCACAUACUGAAAAUAAGGGGACAUCACAAACUUCGAGUAAAUACGAGCCAACUCAAAGGAAUCACCAAAAACGAGAAUACUUUGGUAAUAGCUAUCAGAAACUUGAGAGUGCAAAAAAUAAUGACAAUUAUCAUGACAAUAAUAGUAAUCAUGCUGAUCAUAAACAUUCACAAGCUAAAAAGCUGGUCUCGUUUGCUGAAGAUGACAGUGGGCCCAAAAUAAAACCAUCAAAAUCUGGAGUAAUAGAAAAACCGGCAAGUAUAUUCAUACCUCAGAAGAGAAAGAAGAAUCGUUGAAAUAACAGCUUAGACUACUAUAA